AUCUUUGUACGUCACAGUCGUCAGCUUCACGUUUGUCGCUUUGCUUUCACGUUGCCGAAUAUCCAAAGAAACGGCAUGCAUGAUAUGAAAUUUUUAGAAUAGACAUUUUAUUAAACAACUGAGUUAUCCUUUAUAACAUUUAUUACGUGCUUUUGGUGUGUCAUUACUGAAACGUGAACGAUGAUGUAUCAAGCCAGCUAAAACGGCUUCUUAUCCAUAAUUGAAUUCUUCUUCAGUUCAACUUCGAAGAUUUAUACUAAACUUUAAUACAUAACGUUACAUUUAAAACAUGUUGCAGAGUUUCUGUAGGCAUCACAAACAAUUUGCACAGGUCAUUUGGCCAUUUUCAUUUCGUCAAGGACAGCAUGCCCCUAGCACAUCAACAUCACACCUCCAAAAGGCGAACUAUAGCAGCGCAUUAACAGAAAAAAGGAAGUUCUAUGAGAACGUGUCGAUAUCCCAAGGUGAAGGAGGCUUCGAAAUUAUCCUUGACAAGCGAAAGCUGAAGACUCCUGGAGGAAAGCUUUUCACAGUGCCCAAUGAAGCUCUUGCCAUAGCUGUUGCAACGGAGUGGGAUGCUCAGAAGGACACAUUGAAGUUUUACACCAUGCAUUUAACCACACUUUGUAACACAGCUCUUGAUAACCCAACACAGAGAACGAAACACCAGAUAAUCUCAGCAGCGCUUAAGUUUUUGGACACCGAUACUAUCUGUUACAGAGUUGAGGAACCUCCACCCCUUGUGGAACUUCAGAAGAAUGAAUGGGACCCUGUACUGAACUGGAUAGAACAAAGGUACAAUGUAGUCAUAGGCUCAUCUUCCAAUAUAAUGGGCCCUCAAAUUCCACAAGAGACUAAGGAGAUUUUUCAUCAACACCUCAAUUCUUACAAUUUUUGGUCUUUGACAGGGCUUGAGUAUGUGAUCACUCAAUUAAAAUCAUUGGUCCUGACCUUUGGGGUGAUUGACAGACACCUAACCGUGGAGCAAGCCGUUCUCUUGUCCAGACUGGAAGAAGAAUUCCAGAUCCAGCACUGGGGAAAUGUGGAAUUCGCUCAUGAUUAUGACAUGUAUGAGUUGCAGGCGCGAGCAGCUGCUGGUGCAUUGUUCGUACAUCUGUCUUCUGAAUCCAGAGCUGUUAAGAAAAAACUUUUACAGGAUUGAUUAAAAAAUAAACAUGCGCAAAUGAGCAGUGUGUGACUGAAAACAAUCUGCUUUAGUUUUAAGGCUAUAAAAGCAUUUUGAACAACAAUAUAAAUAUUCAAGAACAUGAUAUGUACUUUACAAUACGUAACAUGCAAUUAACAGCAGCCAUGGCCAAAUUUGUAAAUAGCAAAAUCCCAAUAUUUCAAUGUCGGAGAUGUAAAACUGUACGGUUUAUGUGUUUGGGAGUUUUCAACUUAAAGACUGCCAUGUGUAAA